CACCUACGACAGAGUGCCGCGCGCAUCCUAGGGGCAACCCGCGCGCACGCCGGGCGCCGGGUCUUCCACGGCCCGCGCGGAGGCGGUCUGCGGGCCUCGCAGGCGCUGGGGUCCCGGGGUCUGCGGGCGGGGAGCUGGGAUGCCGGAGGGGCCGUCUGUGAGGAAGUUUCACCAUCUGGUCUCCCCCUUCGUGGGGCAGCAGGUGGUCAAGACAGGGGGCAGCAGUAAGAAGCUGAACCCUGCCGGCUUCCAAUCCCUGUGGCUGCAGGACACCCAGGUCCAUGGAAAGAAAUUAUUCCUUAGAUUUGAUCCAGAUGAAGAAAUCAUGUGCCCUGGCAACAACCCACUGUCAACGCCUCUACACAAAGAGUGGAAGGAAGAGGCCGGGCACCACCAGGAAGUCUCUGACCAGUCCUCCGGGUCCCCAGGAGGAGACGAUGCUGUCCCCAGUGGAGAUGAUGGCCUGCAGUGUUUGUGGGGAGACAGCCCUGCAGGAGGUGCCGAGAGGUGGCUGCAGGUCAGCUUUGGUUUGUUUGGCAGCAUUUGGGUGAACGAGUUCUCCAGAGCGAAGAAGGCAAACAAGAGGGGUGACUGGAGAGACCCCUCUCCAAGGCUGGUCCUGCACUUCGGCGGGGGCGGCUUCUUGGCCUUCUAUAACUGUCAGAUGGUGUGGAGCUCCUCUUCCCCGGUGGUCAGACCCACCUCUGACAUCUUGUCAGAAAAGUUCCAUCGAGGACAGGCCCUGGAAGCUCUGGGCCGGGAGCAGCCCGUCUGCUGUACGCUGUUGGACCAGAGAUACUUCUCAGGCUUAGGGAACAUCAUUAAGAACGAGGCCCUGUUCAGAGCUGGGAUCCACCCGCUUUCUCCCGGCUCACUCCUGGGUCUUCCUCGCCUCGAGGCCCUGGUGGACCAUGUGGUGGCCUUCAGUGCAGGCUGGCUGCGGGGCAAGUUCCAGGGCAGACAGCAGCACACGCAGAUCUACCAGAAGGAGCGGUGCCCUGCUGGGCACCAGGUCGUGAAGGAGGCACUGGGGCCUCCGGGGGGCUUGCAGAGGCUCACGUGGUGGUGCCCCCAGUGCCAGCCCAGGUUGUCACCGGAUGAGCCAGAGCAGGUGGAGCCCUCCUAGGGCGCUCGGGCCCCUUCUACACAGAGCCUUGCCCUUGAGGGACCGUGAUGCCUGAGUGUCGCCAAAGGGGUUGUGGGCAGGGU